AUGAGAAUUUCCAAGAGUGGUCUGAAACCUGAGAAGCUUCCAAUGGCGCUUGGUAACAGUGGUCUGAGACCUUCCAAGUGGGGUUUAAGACCUUCCAGCCCUGGUUUGAGAUCUUCCACUCCAGGUCUGAGACCUCUCGUCAGGUGUCGAGGAGGCUUCGUGGAGAUCUCUGACGGGAGGAGUGUGGCUGAAGGCAACGCUGACGGAGGCCUCAACUCCCUCAGGAUCUGUGGGGAGGACGAGAGGCUGCACCCGCCAGUGGUGCUCUACAGCGACUCAGGAACAGCCACUAUCUCCUUCCAUGUGAGCGAGAGGUACGGCAGUCCCAGGUUCAUCGCUUACUACAACUUCCCUCACAGGAGCAACACUGUCUCAGGUGACAGGCAGAGAGGAGGUUCCAGGAUGGAGUACACAGCAUGUGACUGGGUGUAUCAGGACGUGCACUGUACCAUGAGAGGGGAGUGCCAGGUGACUUCUCCUGGCUUUCCUGGCAUAUACCCCGCCCACGCCCGCUGCAGGUACCUCAUAGUUAUGUCCAGCCCAGACACGGCAGGCAACAUCACCUUCGUCACCAUGGACCUCCACCCGCAGAGAUGUACUACAGACUUCGUGGCGGUCUACGCUGGUACCUCCACCUCUUCCCCUCUCAUCGACUCCCUCUGUGCCUCCGACAGGAGGAUUGUACAGUUCUCUGGGCCCAACGUUCUCCUGGAUUUCAGUUCGGGACCUCGCAGUCCUCCCUACAAGUACAGUGGCUUCCACGCUUACGUUGACUUCGUCGGUGUGGUGGGUCUUCCACAGCCAGCCCCACUAUCACCCACCUCCCCUCCUGUCACUCACACACUCAGUGACCCGACGGGGCACACUGGAGGGCUAGAGUGCCAGCGGAUCUUCUGGAGUAACCACACUAGGGAGGGUAUCUUCGAUACCUCCUCCAUCUGUCCGGGCAGACCCCGCUGCUGCAUCCGGUUCCUCGGGCAUCCGGACGAGGUCAUCCAAAUCUCGCUCUUCAAGUACAAAUUAGGGGGCAGAUCAUGUGCCUCAGAGGCUUCCAUAUACGACGGAUUGACCAACGAAGGCCACGACAACCUUCUGAGGAAGCUGUGUGGACCCAUGGCAAGGGAGCCUCGGGACCCCUCCGGUAGGUUCGUCCAGCAGGCGUUCUUCUUGUCUUCAUCCAACACCAUGGAGAUCGAACUCAGGCUGGGACCAGGAACAAACCUCCUCAACCAGUUCCUCGUCGGCGGGUAUUACUUCCACAACACUCGUCUGGAGGGUACCAAGAAGCCAACGAGCGUCUGCGAUGUCAUGUUCUACGGGGCUUCGAGUCCCGACCAAGGCUUCGUCAGGCAUCCUUCAGCGACCCUCCUCUGGAACGUGGAAGGAUCUCUCAACUGCAGCUACCUCUUCGUGCCUACUGCCACUCAGUCACUCUCCCUCACGGUGCAGGAAGCCAGCCAGAGUGCCACCGAGGGCCACUGCUCCACCAGGUGCGGGGAAGAGGGGUGCCAGUGUCACCCAUCCAUGGUACCUCUCCAACACGUCGACCACCUUCUCUUUAUCCACACAAAGACACAUCGUGUUAUCUCCUGCCACUGUGGCCGAGUCAAGCGUAAUUACAAAAACAAACAAAAUGUCUCCAUUACUGCCAGACUUAACACCGACAAGGAGAGGAACUAA